AUGUCCACCCCCGUCUCCCCGCCCCCCUCACUCUCCCCGCUGACCCUGGCCUCGCCCACCUCAGCACCCUCCCCCGGUGCCUCCCCUCUGCCCUCGCCUCUCUCCCCUCCGCCCAGAGUUCCGGUGUUCCAGAGGAAGGGGGCGCUCAAGCACAAGAGGAUCGUGGAGGUGAAGGACCACCAGUUCACGGCCCGCUUCUUCAAACAGCCCACCUUCUGCAGCCACUGCACUGACUUCAUCUGGGGCAUCGGCAAGCAGGGAUUCCAGUGCCAAGUCUGCAGUUUCGUUGUCCACAAACGAUGUCACGAGUUUGUGACCUUCACUUGUCCUGGCUCCGUAACGGCCCCCCGACCAGACGACCUGAAGAGCCAGCACAUGUUCAAGAUCCACACCUACUCCAGCCCCACCUUCUGUGACCACUGUGGCUCCCUGCUGUACGGCCUCAUCCACCAGGGCAUGAAGUGCUCCAGUUGCGACAUGAACGUCCAUCGGCGUUGUGAGACCAGUGUUCCCAGUUUGUGUGGGCAGGACCAUACGGAGAAGAGAGGCCGGAUCCACCUGACGGUCAGGGGGGACAGGGAAGACAUCCAUGUCACAGUGGGGGAGGCUUGUAACCUGAUUCCGAUGGAUCCUAACGGCUUAUCGGACCCGUAUGUCAAACUGAAACUGAUUCCAGACCCCAAGAGCCACAGCAAGCAGAAGACCAAGACCAUCCGCUCCACACUGAACCCCAUCUGGAACGAGAGCUUCACCUUCUCGGUGCGUGGAAACCAGUGGGACAGGCGUCUGUCUGUGGAGGUGUGGGACUGGGACCGCACGUCCAGGAACGACUUCAUGGGGGCGCUGUCGUUCGGAGUCAGCGAGAUCUUCCGGCGCCCCGUCAGCGGCUGGUUCAAGCUGCUCGCCCAAGAUGAGGGAGAAUACUACAACAUACCUGUGCCCGACCCGGACCUACAGGAGCCCCAGCCAGAUGCCCCAACACCUUCUCUACCCCCGGCAGCGACUGCCCCGGUGCCUGAACCCUCCUUCCCUGUGCCCAUCUCCCCCUCCCCUGCUCCUUCCUGCCCACCUGUUCAUGCCCCGGGCCCUGCCAAGGCCAAGGUUGGGAUCCAGGACUUCAACUUCCUCAUGGUGCUGGGGAAAGGCAGCUUUGGCAAGGUAAUCCCUGCUGUGGCACAACACGGCCAGCAGGUGCCUGUUAGCGGCACCGUGUCCAGAAGAGCUGGUGCAGGGCCGAGCACGCCACACCGUCAGACAGUCCUCCUGCAGGAGCUGCUCCCGUCAGGGGAGCCUCUGCUCUCCAUUUUGUCUUUAAUUCCCCCAGUAGAUGUGCCAUAA